UUAAUGCCGUUGUAUACUUUCGGAGAUGCGGCAGGAUCCUCGUCCGACGAAAGAGGAAACUCGCGUGAAGCGAGUAAUGAAGAUGAGGAUGAUGGGUAUGAUUAUGAUGAGAAUGGUGCUCUAGACGAAGAAGACGACUACGAGGAUGGCGAAGAUGGAUUGCCAAAUUCCUUUGAUCCGCAAAAGGGAGUCAGACUUAGCCCGAUGAUGGUGUACGUGGAGACUUUAACUGGCACGGCAUUUGAAGUUCGAGUCUCAUCUUUUGAAGCUGUUAUUUCGAUUAAAGACAAAAUUCAACGGCUGGAAGGAAUUCCCAUCAGUCAGCAGCAUCUUUUGUACGACAAUUGCGAGAUGAGAGAUAACUAUACCCUUCGCGAGUAUAAUAUCAGAAAUGGUGCUACUCUGAAAUUAGUACUCGGUAUGCGCGGAGGACCCAUUAACACACGCAGAGUUCCCGUUGAAGAACCAGUUCUGAGAGACAUUGAUUUGAUGGAAGCGAAAGAACAAUUGUCUCGCAAGCUCAAUUCGUCAUCAAACAAUCACUUUACAAUAUUGGUUUUGAGAAACGGUCAGCAGGUCAAUUUAUACAGAGUUGUGGACAGAAACGAUGGCUCAGCGCCUUCUUCGGCUUCCAGCUCCGGGUCACGAUGUGAGAAAGUGAGAGCUUCUGUUGGAACAACAAGGGCUCAGAAGGACACAGAAAGCGAUGAUGAGGACGAUGAAGACGAUACUCAUGAAGACCAAUCAAACAACGAAGAUGAAGAUGAAUCGGAUCACGACGAACCGACACGAAUGGCUGUGAAAUUAGCAAAUCUGAGAAUGAAAAUGCACCAAAGGAAGACGAGGAAGGAGAAGAAUUUAUCCUUAAAAGCGACAAAAACCACACAAUUGAAAGCAUCAACUUCUACAGCUUUACCGCCAAUUAAAUCAGGACAGUCUUCAAAACGCCAGAACACAGCGUUCGAGCCCUCAAGUGGGAAAACAUCGAGCUCCUUGACGCGGUAUCUUCUCAGUGACCAGACUCCGAUGCCUCGUUAUCUGCAAAUGAAAUCUCUGCAUGGAAAUUUUCCUGAUGAAAACUCAGAAAUCUCAAUUGGAAAAGGAGACAUGAAAAAUCUUCUGACAGAUUCAAGAACGGAUAGUGAUGCUCUCUGUGGAACGUCUAAAAGUGAUGCCGAAAAGGCGAAUGAAAGGAUCCAUCAGUCGGCUGUGAAUCAUGAAUCAUCAAUGGGAAUCAUGCCUAGAACUUCGUAUGCAGUCUCUCAGAUUAUAGACCCAAGUGCAGAGCUGUCGAACUACAAUUUGGUCAGAGAUAAACAAGCUGCUACGUCUUCCAAUUCUUCUGGUCAAAUCAUUGGAGGACCUAGUCACAGUUUAGCAAAGUCGCUUUAUAACAGAGAUCCAGUUUCACAUCUGACGGCAACAGAGGAAGAGUUCUCAAAGAUGCGAAUGAAAAACUACGACGAUUGCGCAUCUGGCGAUUCUAAAGCAGAGAACUACGCCUUGAAAUCCAUGCCCGUGGCUGGUGCUGGGGAAAGUACUCAUGAAGAUAAAAGGAAAGGUCAGAUUUCUGAGAAUCAGCAAGAAAUGAAUAGUGAUGCGGCGUGGUUGCAGCCUCCGGACAAAAACUUCGACGCCUUCAAAAUAGCACAGGACAUACUACAAUCCCAAGGCGGUACUAAAACGAAAACAAUUGACGCUCUCAAUCAUCAGAAAGACUUGCAGCAAAGAAUAAACCGGUCGAGGGCGAAACAUUACGAAGAAGACUUUGUGAGUAUUGAUGCAAAAAUGCGCACCGAAGGAGUCAGACACGAGCAUGUGCCAAUUCUCACCAAGAGGAAAAAAAAUUUGAAAAAUUUGUUUGUGGAAACUGAUUUGAAUGAACGAGGUGAAAGUUCACAAGGGUUCAAUAAGCUGGAAGAGUUGAAGAAUUUUCCGCCUCAACCAGGAAAGAUAUCUCAGCUGAAGGGAAAGGUAGUGAACAAGCCUACUCCUAGCCCUACAGAGUCAACACUGUCUCAAAAGCAUCACCACAAGCUGACAUCUAUGAACAAUCCAGAAAAUCGGAUUCCCAGUCAUCAGAGACAGCAACAGCCGCGGUCGCGGCAGAACACGAGUGGCGGCGGAUUUCAUGUUGAGAACCUAACCAAUGCAGACCUGGCUGAACUGAAAUACUUUUCUUCCAUUUUGGACAGAGCAGCCGCCAAAGGAAAACUGUCACGAAUUUCACCAACGGCAACAGCAGAACCAACAUCAAACAAGCAUAGUCCGUCGAACUCUAAAGGAGCCAAUUUUGCAGGACAGUCAACAUUCCAACCUGUGUCAUCCAAUACUUCAUCUAAAGCCAAACGAAAUAGCACAGUGCAACCUAUACCUCCUCCGUUCCCCAGAACUGGCCCUCUUUCAUCGGAUCUGAGGAUCCAACAUCCGAGCUAUCAAAGAACAACCGCGAUUUCACCCGGCACAAGUGUGUACACUAAACAAACAUCUCAUCGCCUGCCUUCUGCAACCCAUAGACUGCCUGGAAAUCUGAAAGGAGCCACUACUACUCUGGAUAAAGAUGUUUCUGGAUUCGCAAAGGUAUCAGGACUGACUAGCAAUGUACCUGUCGACAUUCCAGUUCCCAAGAAGCCGAGGUGUUUCGUGUGUGGGAAGAAAACCAGGAUUGGUGCAACUUAUUCAUGCAGAUGCGAAGGGGUUUUCUGUGCACAACACAGAUACGCCGAGAGCCACGACUGCACGUAUGACUACAAGAGUGAAGGCAAGAAACUGUUGGAGUACACGAAUCCGGUUGUAACAGCACCCAAAUUGCCAAAAAUAUAAGGCGAUAGACUUUAUAAACAAAGACUUCGAGUUAAAUUUACACUUCUAUCAGUGAAGACCAAGUUAUUUAAAACGUUUAUUUAACUUCCAGUACUCAUUAUACAGAGGAAAUAACUUCCAGCACUCAUUAUACAGAGGAAAUAACUUAUCAUAUUUUCACGAAAUUCUCAGCCAAAUGUUUCAUGCGAAAUCGAAAUCAAUCAUUUUCCCACUGAUUGAGACCAAAAAAUAACGGUGAAUGUGUUAAUAUAAGCAUUGUUUUUAUUGGAUAUUCUUGCUCAAAUCUUGUAUUUUUGCUAGCAUCGAAACCGAAUGUCGAUCAACUAAGAUAUAUGUUUUUAUUUGAUUUUUUUAACUUCUUUUGGUGCUUUAUGUUGCGAUCAUUUAUGCGAUUCUUACUUUCGCUAUAGAUUUGUAUUUAUCAUAUCAGAAAUUUCAUUCCCCAUUCUAAAUUUAAAAAUCCUCUUUUCAUAGAUUUGGCGUGCUUGUUUCUUAGUAAUAUCAGUUUACCAAAUAUUCUUUGUUUUCAAGGUUCGGUUGUCAAAGUAUCUGCUACUUGGUAAGCAGAUUGAAUAACUUGAAUUUACCUCAUUUGAAUCCAGAUAAUAAAAUUAGAUUUAGCUGCUGUUAGUUUAUUUAGACUUGGAAGUUUAGUUUUGAUAUUCAAAUUAACAAAUCGUUGCUCAAUGAAUAUAUUCUAUGUUUUGGAUACCCAAAUGUUUUGCCUAAUGAUCAUUCAAUCGCUUUGAUCUUCUACCAACUCUGCAGUUAAAUCUUUGGAAGAAAUUUCUCGACUUGUGAUUGAAAUGAAAUUUCGCAUCAAUUUGUAGAAGUAAUUUCUUCGAAGGGAGUAGAGUAUGGUGAACGAACGUGAUCAUUUUGCAUUUCUAAAUAAACAGUUCGGAUCAAAUAUUGUUUUUGUUUGUUGGAUCAUGCGGCUCUUUUCCUAAUUGCACUUCUUUUUGCGCUGAAAUUAAUUAUAUUACCUGUACUUGACAACUAAUUCAAAGAUUUAAACGUGG